CAUGGAAUAUGUCAAGUGCCUUAAUGUACAUUCGUGAUUCAUAAAUAUCUAAAAACCGGAAACGAAAAACUUCCUGUUUUAAUCAUUAUUUUUCUUAAGUUAAUGCAAAAUUGAAAUAUUCAUAGCAAAAGUGUUAUAAAUGGAUAUAAUUAAAUCUUAAAUGACAUAGUUUUUCAAGAAUUAUUGAACAAAUGAAAGCAGACAGAAUGAAAACGAAGAUAGUUGUGCUAAUCGUCCUGUUUAUACAGUUUGCUAAAGGUAAAACAAAGGUUACACAAAUAUCUGAUAGACAAACACUACCAAACACGUCUUGCAGGAUACAACAUUAUCAUGGUUUAAAGCUCAUGAACUGCAGUUAUCUGAAUUUGACAUACAUACCGAAGACAAAACCAGACAUUGAAAGCUUGAAUUUUAAAUUCAAUAAUCUAACAAACGUUACUCAGAAGACUUUCUUGAAUAUAAGUAAUCCAUUUCGUUUGGUGUGGCUUAAUGUCGACAACAACAAUAUCAGAAAUAUAUCAAAGGGGGCACUUGACAUAUUUCCAAAUUUGGAUUUUCUGAGUUUGUCACAUAAUCCAAUUUACUUUGAUAACCUUAAGAAUCUUUUAGGCUCAUUAUCUAACUUAACAAAACUGUCUGAUUUGUAUAUCAACGGGAUAAGCACUGUAACAUUAAAUGGAGAUCUGUUUUCUUUGCUGGAAAACAAUUAUAUUACAACACUGGUAACUAAGAGUUACAAAAUAGAAACAAUGGAUAUGGAUAUGUUUCAAAAUUUUAAUCAGCUGCGUACUCUCAUAGUAACACACAAUCAUAUUGAAGCAAUAACAAUGACAUUUCCUGGUAAUAAAUACCUGCAAUCGUUGUACAUAGAAAACAAUAACUUAAGGGCUUUACCAACAUUUGCAAUCAACGGAAGCGAAUCAAACUGCUUUUUCCCCAAUCUUGAACAUUUAUAUGCCAAGAUAAACUAUAUUGAAAAUGUAAGAAUGGAAGAUCUGAAGUGCUUAUUGCAAUUAAAAACCUUAGAUUUGAGUAAAAAUACUAUCACUGUAUUACAUGCCAACUUUUUAUCAAAAUUACCAAAUAUCGAGGAGUUACGGUUAAAGGAAUUAGGCACAAAAAGCUUAACAGUGGAACCAUUUGCUUUUAAUUCAACAUUAUCAGUACUUCAGUUAGAAGUCAGCGGUUCAGCAAAAAAUGUUUUCCAGUCUUUGAAUGAUACAUUCAAAUUAUUGCCAAAAUUAAAGGCGCUCAUAUUAAGCGAAAUAUCAAUGCUUCUAUUAUCUGAACUAGAAAUGAUCAGUCUUUUUAAACCUAUUAGUCAUUUAGAGUACUUACAGUUGUUUGGCUGUCAAAUAGCCUCGGAUCCGAAAUUUCUUUUGAGUCACUUGAAGCAUUUAUCACAUAUAAGUUUUCAGUCUAAUUUGAUAACUAGUAUUAGUGACAAAACAUUCAAAGAAAACAAGCAUCUCCGUUAUAUAAGUUUACGAUACAACCAACUGGGUCAUAUUUACGAGUCAGCCUUGCCAAAAUCUUUACGUGAUAUGUUAUACGAAAUAGACAUUAGUGAAAAUCCUUUUGUUUGUGAUUGUGACCUUGAAUGGUUUAUCAACUGGGCAAAUCAGAGUCAUAACAAUACAAAAUUACAAAGAUAUCCUCACGAGUAUAACUGCUCGGCUCCAACAGAAAGAGCCAAAAAGACAUUAGCUGAAAUACAUUUUACUUACAGAGAAUGUCAUCCGUUGAGCAAGUGGAUUUAUUUCGGAAUCAUUGCUUCGUCUACUUUAUUUGUUAUUGGUAUUAUCGCUCUUGUAUUCUAUAGGAACAGAUGGAAUAUUAAACACUACAUAUACCUGAUGAGAAGGAAACGACAUUAUGAGCUGAUUGAUGGAGAUAACUUUGUUUAUGACGCCUUUGUAGGUUACGAGUCGGAGGACUCGGCCUGGGUACACCAUCAAUUGUUGCCUGUCCUUGAGGGCGAAGAAGGUUUGAAAUUAUGUAUCCAUAUAAGAGAUUUCCUACCAGGAGUUUUCAUAAAUGAUAAUAUUGUUACACAUAUGAACCAGAGUAAAAAAAUGAUUCUUGUCUUAUCAAACGCAUUUGCCCAAAGCGGAUGGUGUAUGUUCGAGUUGAAAAUUGCUCAUUCUAAGCUGAUUGAAGAGGAAACGGAGCUAGUGGUCAUAUUGUUAGAGAAAAUCAAUGGAAGAAAUAUGAAUCAUUCUUUGAAAUGUCUUUUCAAUACAACAACGUACAUUGAAUGGACAGAGGAUGGGGUUGGCCAAGAACUGUUUUGGACACAACUUAAAAACAUCAUGAACAAAUAAAUGCUAAACAAAAUAUCUGAUUACUAAUGAGAGGAUAAAUACAUUAUGAUAUGAUAUACUUGAUCCGGAAUGUUAUCAUGAACUGAAAUCCAAAAUAUUGUAGAACCAUGUGUUUUUCUGUGUUUGAACAUAUACAUGAAUUAUGGUGAAAAUAUAUAUUGACAAAAUAUACAAUCUUUAUAUGCAUAUUUUAUAUAAUAUUACUAAUUCAAACUACUUUGUAAAGAAAACAGUUUACUACUCUUUUAAUUCAAUUACAAUAAUAUAAUCGAAUCCCUAAAGAACGCCCAAACGGCAAAACUGAAAUGUUGAAGGUUCGGUUUGAUUGUGCAUGUUCAUGGCCGCUACUGGAAAGUGCAAGCUACCGUAUACGCCCCCAAGCACUGGCUUAAGCAGAACUCAACAAUUAAAAUAUGAAAUUAGUGAUAUUUCAAAAUAGAUAAAUACAGAAUCCCUAAAGAAAGCCCAACACGGCAAAAUUGAAAAUGUUGCAGGCUCAGUUUGAUUGAGCCUGUUCAUGGACGGUACUGGAAAGUGCAAAUUACCGUCCACGCCCCCUAGCACCGGCUUAAGCAGAAUUCAACAUUUAAACGUGAAAUAGUAAAAUUUUGAAUUUAGAAACAUCCGCAGAUGUGUUCAUACGGCGGUUAUCAUGGAACCUUCAAUGUGACACUUCCGUGCCAUUCCAUGAAAAGCGGCGUAUGGUCCCCAAGUAAUAAAAAGCGUGUGCCCUAAACGAGAAAACAAUGGUUAUAAACAUCUGCAGAUGUGUUCAUAAGCAUGGGUAGUUAUAUUCAACUGUAAGCCUAUUUAAAUUGGUCUCUUUAUUAAUCCGAAGCAAUAUAUGCAAAUACUGAUAUAUUUGCGCUUAUUUUAAAAUCGAAAUGAAAUCAUAUACUUGUAGUUUGAGAAUAUAAUUAACUGUUUAGGUAACGUAUAGUUCACACGGGCUUAAUGUCCAUCUUUACUUUGUUAUUUGUAUUUUUAAUUUUGUAAAUACAGUCAUGUCUUUUUAUAAUAGAUAAUGUUCUAACUGACUUAUUGUUAUUUGUAUCUAUAUGUUUGUAAUCUUAUGUCACUAUAAUAAAGCUUUUAUUUACUGAC